AUGGGCUCGAUAUCGUGGGAUCGCCAGAAUGGCUUCACAAACGAACCCUACUGGAAAGACGCAACCUUCUACCAAGUCUACCCUGCUUCAUUCAAAGACUCCAACGGUGAUGGUUGGGGCGACUUGCCAGGCCUCAUCUCCGAGCUCGACUACCUCUCUGACUUGGGCGUCGACGUGAUCUGGGUGAGCCCCAUCUUCGACAGCCCCCAGAAGGACAUGGGCUACGAUGUGCGCGACUACCAGAAAAUCUACGCACCGUACGGCUCCAUUGAAGACGUUGACGUGCUGCUCAGAGAGUCGCACAACCGUGGCAUGAAGGUCAUUCUAGACCUGGUCGUGAACCACACAUCGCAGGAGCACGAAUGGUUCCAAGAGUCGCGCUCAUCCAAGGACAACCCGAAACGUGACUGGUAUAUCUGGAAGCCCCCCCGCUACGACGCCGACGGCACACGGAUACCGCCCACCAACUGGCGCUCGUACUUUGCCGGCCCAACCUGGACCUUUGACGAGCACACGCAGGAGUACUACCUCCACCUGUACGCCUCAGACCAGCCCGACCUGAACUGGGAGAACGCGGCGUGUCGCAAGGCCAUCUACGACAACACGAUGCGCUUCUGGCUCGACCGCGGCGUCGACGGCUUCCGCAUCGACACGGUCAACAAGUACAGCAAACGCCAGGACUUUGUCGACGCCCCCGUCACGGAUCCUAACUCGCCCCAUCAGUCUGCGCCCGAGAUGUGGUGCAACGGGCCUCGGAUCCACGAGUUCAUCCACGAGAUGAACAGGGAGGUCCUCGCGCCCUAUGAGGCCGUCAGCGUCGGCGAGCUCAGCAACACGCCCGACCCGCGCCAGGUGCGGCCCUAUGUUUCAGCGCAGGCGCAGGAGCUGGACAUGGUCUUUGAGUUUUCUUUGAUUCGGCUGGGCACGGGUAAUAUCUUGGGGCCCAAGUACAUUUAUCAGCCGUUUCCUCUGUCCAAGAUGAAGACUCUGACGCAAAAGUGGCAGUUUGUGGAUGGUACGGACGACGCGUGGACGACGGUGUUUGUGGAGAACCACGACAAUGCUAGGGCUGUCUGUCGCUUUGGCGAUAGCUCGACGCCAGAGCUGUGGAAUAAAUCGGCAAAGACUAUUGCGCUGUGGCAGGUUACCCUCACCGGCACGCUGUUCCUCUACCAGGGCCAGGAGAUUGGCAUGACGAACAUGCCCUCGUCUUGGGGUAUCGAGGAGUACAAAGAUGUCGAGAGCACGGGGUUCUACGAGGAGGCUGUGCAGUCGGGGGAUCCCGAGCUAAUCAAGAAGACGCUGCAUGGUCUGGGACACCUCGCGCGCGACCAUUCACGGAUCCCCUUUCAGUGGGACGCGUCGCCCAAUGCUGGGUUUGCCCGUGAGGGAGCGACGCCGUGGAUGCGCGUGCAUGACGAGUACAAGUCGAUCAACGUAGCGCGCCAGCGGGAUGAUCCAGACUCGAUUCUGAGUUUCUACAAAAAGGCCCUCACGCUGCGCAAAGAGCACAGGGAUCUGUUUGUCUUUGGAUCAUUCACGCUGCUUGAUCCUGAGGAUGAGAGUGUCUUCUCCUAUGUCAAGAGGGAUAUCAAGGGCCACACGGACAAGAUGGCCGUCGUGACGUUGAAUAUGAGUGGGAAGCAGCAGAUGGGCACAGAUGUAACCUCGAUCCUGGGCGAUGGGGCCCGUUUGGUCGUCAGCACACAAGAGGGGAGCAAGCUUGUAGACGGACGGCCGGUGUUGAAGCCGUGGGAGGGCAGGGUGUAUGUGAAUCACUAG